AGCGGGAGCGGGGCGGGGGAGCGGCCGCCGGGCGCGCAGGGGCUGCGGAACCACGGCAACAGCUGCUUCAUGAACGCGGUGGUGCAGUGCCUGAGCCACACGGCGCCGCUGGCCGAGCUGCUGGCGCUGGGCCGCUACCGCGCGCGCGGGGCCCGCGCCGAGGUCACGCACCGGCUGGCGGCGCUGGUCCGAGCCCUCUGGACCCGCGACUACACCCCGCAGCUCUCCGCCGAGUUCAAGAACAUCGUCUCCAAGCACAGUUCACAGUUUCGGGGUAACUCUCAGCACGAUGCCCUUGAGUUCCUGCUCUGGCUACUGGACCGUUUACACGAGGACCUGGGUGCCCCCUCCCCUGCCCAGCAGACCACUGUCCCUGAGGAGAGCAGUGGCACCAACAACUCCCUGCCACCCCCCCAGCACCCCAGUGAGCAGAGCUUUGUGCAGAGCCACUUCCAGGCACAGUACAGGUCUUCCCUGACGUGCCCACACUGCCUGAAGCAGAGCAACACCUUCGACCCCUUCCUGUGCAUCUCACUGCCCAUCCCACUGCGCCAGACCAGGGCCCUCAACGUCACCCUGGUGCUGCAACGCGAGCACCGGCGGUUCCUGCGCGUGGGCCUGGCCGUGCCGCUGCGGGGCACCGUGGCCGAGCUGCGGGCGAUGGUGGCGCAGGAGGGAUGUGUCCCCCCGGAGCAGGUGGUGCUGGCCGAAGUGUCCCCGCAGGGGCUGCUGCGCUCGCUGGGCGAUGCCGAGGCGCUGUCAGCCGCGGGACAGGGGGGUCCCCUCUACGCUUUCCAGCCCCCGCCCCCCACCCGCCGCACAGCCUGCCGGCCUCCCCUGCCGCCGCCCCGCCCGCGCCCGCCGCCCGCCGCCCGCUCGUCCGAGAGCCUCCCCCGCGGGGCCGCCCGCCUGCUGCUGCUGCUGUGCCACGCCGCCCGCGCCGGCGCCCGCCUCGCCAGGUUCGGGCCGCCGCUGCUGCUGCGGGAGGAGCGCGGCGCGUCCUGGGAGCGGCUGCAGCGCAGCGUCCUGGCCCCGCUGCGGGCCCUGCUGCGCGCCGAGCUGCCGCCGCAGGGCACCAGAGGCCUCUUCCGCAUCUGCCUGGCUGGGGGCUCAGGCCCCAGCACCUACCUGUGCCCACAGGACCCUCACCCCCUGUGCCACCCUGCCGUUGACAGGGCUCUGCAGCUGAGCGGGGCGGGCGGCCCUCCCCACGUCAAGCUGACAGUGGAGUGGGACCUGAGCACCAAAGAACACCUUUUCGGCAGCCUGCAGGAGGAGCUGGUGCAGGAUGCCGAGAGCGUGCGGCUGCAGCAGGAAGCACACGGGCAGCAGCACAGCUGCACGCUGGACGACUGCUUCCAGCUCUACACCAAGGAGGAGCAGCUGGCCCCAGACGAUGCCUGGCGCUGCCCGCACUGCGAGGUGCCACAGCAGGGCACGGUGAAGCUCAGCCUCUGGACGCUGCCCGACAUCCUCAUCAUCCACCUCAAGCGCUUCCGGCAGGUGGCUGAGCAGCGGCACAAACUCACCACGCUGGUCAGGUUCCCACUGCGGGGGCUGGACAUGGCCCCUCACGUGGCACAGCGGGGCCGGGCCGGGGGGCAGCUAGGGGAGCAAUGGGCAACCGGGCAGCCUCCCCCCUGCCCACCCCCAAGCUGCCCCCAAGACUGCCUGUACGACCUGUACGCCGUCUGCAACCACCACGGCAGCAUGCAGGGCGGACACUACACCGCCUACUGCUGCAACGCGCUGGACGGCCGCUGGUACAGCUACGACGACAGCCGCGUGCGGGGGCUGCGGGAGGCUGCGGUCGGCACCGCCAGCGCCUACAUCCUCUUCUACCAGCGCCGGCGCUCCCCCGGCGACCCCGCCGCGCCCCCGCCCCACUGGCUGUCCCUGCUGGGCACAAGGGCCACGGUUUCUCCCCGCUCCGACGGCCCUGACGACGCUCCGGAGAAAGGUGGGUUCGAGGCCCGUCCCACCGUGCGGGGACUCCGGGGCCGCAGCGUCGAGGUGUCGCCCGUCGCGGGAUCCCCUCGGGACGCGUCCCCGCGUGGGUCCGUCGCGGGCCGGGAGCGGGGUGAGCCAGGACCCCCCCCGGAGUCGGGGCUCCGGCCCCGCGGCACUCGCCGGGCCCCGCUGCCGCUCGGCACGGGCGGGGAGAGCGGCGCCGACCCUGCCCCGGCGAGUCCCCAGGAGGGGCCGGGAGCCCCCCGCCACCCCCCGCGCCUGCCCGCGCUGCGGCGAGCGGCCAGCGCCGGCGCCGACGGCUCCCUGCGGCCGCCCCCCAGAAGCCAGAGCAGCCCUGGCCGCAGCGGGGCGGCGCCGGAGCGGGACGCGGGGGUCCCGGCAGCACGGCCCUCCCCUGCUCCGGGCUGCCUGCGACCCCCCGCGGCCCUGCGGCGCUCGGCCUCCCUGGGCAGGGGCGUGGGGGGCCCUCCCUUAAUAUUCGCCCGGGGUCCGUCCGUGGCCACCUUGCAGCGGGGCCGGCAGCCCGGGGGCUCGCUGGUCCCCAGGGCCGUGCCCGAGUCCAGCUUCUGA